AUGUCGUCGUCGUCAGAAGGCCCGAAAGAAGGAGCCUCGCGCUGGAGAAUCUUGCAACUACUCAGAUCUGGUGCCAACAACCACGACGUUCCAGAGGAAAAGCAACCUUCUGGGCAUGCGAAAUGGAGCUUUGGCGUACUCAACGACAAGCGAACAGUUGAGGUACCCGGUUCUGUCCUUCUCCUGGCAGCAAACCGUAACGAGCCUCUUGGUCUGCGUGAUGUGCACGCAAGGACUUCGCAUUCAUCCAUUCCCGUGGGAUUCCCCGUUGACGCAACCUUGUCGCCCGGAGGCUCUCGUCCAGUCGCGCAGCACGCUCCUCCCCCCACCUCGGCCGCCGGGCAGCAGCAGCAAGCCGACGGCAAUGAUGGAAAGAAGAAAACCCAGGACGGCACCAUCAUCCUUGACCCUCAGCCAGAGGACUCGGCCAACGAUCCUCUCAACUGGCCCAGCUGGCGACGAGAUACCGCCUUGUUAUCACUGGGCUUUUAUUGCAUGAUUGGCGGUGGCAUCACAUCCCUCAUGGCAGCUGGCUUCACAAACAUCGCCCAUGACGUCAAUGUAAGCGUGGAGACCGUCUCCUUGACCGUCGGUUUGUACAUGAUGGGCCUGGGUGUCGGCUCCGUCUUGGCCUCUCCGACCGCCAUUCUGUUUGGUAAGCGGCCUGUCUAUCUUGCUAGUGUCAUCUUGUUCGUCGCCACCUGUGUCUGGGCUGGGUACGCUGCCAGCUUUUCCUCGCUCCUCGCUGCCAGAGUCUUUCAAGGGGUCGCCAUCAGCCCCGUCGAAUGCCUCCCGUCGGCUACAAUCGCCGAGAUCUUCUUCCUCCACGAGCGGGCCUAUCGGAUCGGCAUAUAUACCUUGUUAUUGCUGGGAGGCAAAAACUUGAUCCCCCUUGUCAGCGCUGCCAUUAUUGGCCGCUUCGGAUGGCGCUGGGUCUUCUUCAUCGUGGCCAUGGUGGCUGGCCUGGGCUUUGUACUCCUUUUUCUCUUUGUUCCAGAGACCUUUUGGGAUCGCACGCCCACCAGGAAACCGUCGUCGCGUCCAGGCUUCCUUCGCCGCCUUUCGUCCCGCAAAAGCGUGCAUGUCCCGCGAUUUUCGUUUCAGUCCGUCGACACUCACAAGACUUCGGAGAGACCUCAUUCCCCCGGUGCUGCCAGCCGUCAAAAAGAUAACCACGUGGGAUUCCUGCCUGCCUCACCUGCGGCUGGCGAAUUCCCACACCGGACGAAAGGCGAGGCGACUGCGCUCGAGCCUUCACAGGCAGAAGCAAACGUUUCUCCUCAGCCCGCUUCCCCUCGGCACGUCGGAUUUGUCGACGUGGCCGAGUUGUCUAAAAGUGGAAAAGACGCAAGCAACAAUGCUGCGCCAGAAGCAUCCGGGCCAACUAAUGGACCGUCUGCUGCCUUGUCGUCGUCUCCGUCGUCGUCGUCGUUGUCGCCGCCGCCGCCGCCGCCGCCGCCGCCGCCUUUGGAUACGAAUGUUGGGCUGGUUCAUGUGCCUGGUGAGCAUGCCGGCUUGCACGCCGCGAGCCCUGUUCAUAGUCUCCAUUGCGCCUCGCCGCACGCCGUGCAUAAAAGUCCUGACGGGCGCGGCGGACAGUCACCCUACUGUCUAAGCGCUACGGGAAGCGCGGCCAACGUGGAUUAUUUCUCCCGCGGCCCCAACCUGGACAAUGAACGAAUACCGGCAUCAGCACUGAGGGCUCCGCCCAAGGUGAAGACGUACACGCACAAUCUGCGGCAUCAGCCUGCCCGGACGUUUAUCCAGCAACUGCGGCCUUUCCACGGCCGGCUCAACAACGACAAAUGGCUCAAAGUGAUGGUUCGGCCAUUUGUUUUGUUCUCGUACCCGGCCGUGCUAUGGUCCGCUGCCGUGUACGCGUGCUCCAUCGGGUGGCUCAUCGUCAUCUCGGAGACAAUGGCCAUCAUAUACCGGGAUCCCAACAUCUACAACUUUGGCGCUCUGCAGACGGGUUUGGUGUACAUCUCGCCGUUUAUCGGGGGCGUCCUCGGCACGGGGGUGGCGGGCAAGAUAAGCGACGUCUUGGUGCGCGCCAUGUCGCGACGCAACGGCGGUUUGUACGAGCCGGAGUUCCGGCUGGUCAUGGCCAUUCCCAUCAUGAUGACGACUUGCAUUGGCUUGAUGGGUUUUGGGUGGUCGGCACAGGAGAGGGACCACUGGAUUGUCCCGACCCUGUUCUUCGGCGUCCUGUCGUUUGGCUGCUCCCUGGGCUCGACCACGGCCAUUACGUUUUGCGUGGACAGCUACCGUCAAUAUGCGGGCGAAGCGCUGGUGACGCUAAACUUUUGCAAGAAUGUGCUUCACGGCCUCAUUUUCAGUCUCUUUGUCUCGCACUGGAUGGCUGACGAGGGCCCCAAGGCCGUCUUCAUAUGGCUGGGCGUCAUCCAGCUAGUCGUUCAGCUUACCACCAUCCCGCUGUUCGUUUUCGGGAAGAGGGCUCGCAUGUGGACGGUGCGAAAGAAUCUGAUGGAGAAGUUUUGA